AUGCAGCCACUCCAUUUUUCCAACAAGACACACAACAAGAUAUUGCGCAUACCCUCCUUUGGUGUUGCUCUUGUGCUGCUGAUCUGCUUGGCCUCUCCUACCAGUUCCUGCACGGAGCAGGAGAAGCACUCCCUUCUCCAGUUCCUGCACGAGCUCUCACAACAUGGUGGCCUUGCCACCUCAUGGCGUAAUGGCACAGAUUGCUGCAACUGGGAAGGGAUCACCUGCAGACAAGAUGGGACGGUCAGCGAUGUCGUGCUGGUUUCAAAGGGCCUUGAGGGGCACAUCUCGGAGUCCCUUGGAAACCUCAGCGGGCUGCAGCACCUUAACCUCUCCCACAACUCGCUGUCUGGUCGCCUGCCGCUGGGAUUGGUGUCGUCCAGCAACAUCACCAUCCUUGAUGUCAGCUUUAACCAGCUCAAUGGAACACUCCAAGAGCUGCUACCUUCAACCCCUGCCCGGCCUCUGCAGGUACUGAACAUCUCAAGCAACUUAUUUGCAGGACAGUUUCCAUCCACCACAUGGAAAGCAAUGGAGAAUCUGAUAGCCCUCAAUGCAAGCAAUAACAGCUUUACUGGGUCGAUACCAGCUGAUGUCUGCAACACCUCAUCAUCCCUCACCAUGCUUGAUCUGUGUUUUAACCAGUUAAGUGGCAACAUCCCCCCAGGAAUUGGUAAUUGCUCCAGGCUGAGAGUGCUCAGAGGGGGCUACAACAAACUCAGUGGAACUCUCCCAGAUGACCUCUUCGAUGCUACCUUAUUGGAGCACCUGUCUUUUCCUAACAAUGAUUUACAUGGAGGUCUUGAUAGCACACGCAUGACCAACCUCAGAAAUCUCGUAACCCUGGAUCUUGGAGGGAACAAAUUUGGUGGCAAGAUUCCAGACUUUAUAGGUCAGCUCAGGAAAUUGAAGGAGCUGCAUUUGAACAACAACAACAUAUCAGGGGAGCUGCCAUCAGCUCUGAGCAAUUGCACGAAUCUGGUAACAAUUGACCUCAAGAGCAACAAUUUCAGUGGAGAACUUAAAAAGGUCAAUUUCUCCAACCUGCCAAGUCUAAGAACUUUAGAUAUUUACUUCAACCACUUCAAUGGCACAGUUCCAGAAAGCAUAUACUCUUGCAGCAAUCUGACUGCACUGCGGAUAUCUACCAACAAAUUAGAUGGGCAGCUUUCACCAAGAAUAAGCGAUCUAAAGUACCUCACCUUCCUAUCACUUGCUACAAACUCUUUCACAAACAUCACAAAUGCACUUCACAUCCUUAAGAGCUGCAGGAACCUUACCACUCUGCUUAUCGGCGAUAACUUCAAGGGAGAGAUCAUGCCAGAGGAUGACAUAGCUGAUGGCUUUGAGAAUCUUAAGGUUUUGGACAUCGAAGAUUGCCAAUUAUUGGGAAAAAUACCUCUAUGGAUAUCAAGGCUCGCAAACUUGGAGAUGUUACUAUUAAAUAGCAAUCAACUAACUGGACCAAUACCAAGCUGGAUCAACUCCCUAAGCCAUCUCUUCUUUAUGGAUGUUUCAAACAACAGUCUUGCAGGUGAAAUUCCAUUAACCUUGAUGGAGAUGCCAAUGCUGAAGUCAAUUGAAAACGCAACACACUGGGACCCAGGGGUCUUUGAGCUGCCUGUUUACAAUGGUCCAGCACUUCAAUACCGUGUUGUUACAUCUUUCCCAACAGUGUUGAAUCUAAGCCACAACUAUUUCACAGGUGUGAUUCCCCCAGAGAUUGGCCAGUUGAAAGAGCUUAUUGUACUUGAUUUCAGUUUCAAUAAGUUAUCUGGACAGAUCCCACAAUCAAUUUGCAACCUCACAAACCUGCAAGUGCUAGAGUUGUCCAGAAACAAUCUCACAGGUGAUAUCCCAGCUGCAUUGAAUAGCCUGAACUUCCUUUCAGCAUUCAAUGUUUCGAAUAAUAACCUAGAAGGGCCUAUUCCAUCUGGAGGCCAGUUUAGUACAUUUCAGAAUUCUAGUUUUGAUGGGAAUCCAAACCUUUGUGGUUCUAUGCUCACUCAUAAAUGUGGUUCAGCUUCAAUACCUCCGUCAUACACAAAACAUCGAAAUAAGAAGGCUGUUUUUGCAAUUGCAUUUAGCGUGUUCUUUGGAGGCAUCGCUUUUCUUUUUUUGCUGGUGCGUCUCCUUGUCUCAAUGGGGAUGAAGGGUUUCACAACAAAACAAGGAAGGGGGAAUAAUGAAGAUGUUGAAGAAACUUCCUUCAACUCCAGUUCAGAGCAAUCAGUAGUGGUGAUGCAGAUGGCACAAGGAAAGGGAGAAGAAAACAAGCUCAAAUUGGCUGACAUUUUGAAAGCUGUGAACAACUUUGACAAGGCGAACAUCAUUGGAUGUGGAGGUUAUGGAUUAGUCUACAAGGCAGAGCUACAUAAUGGAUCUAAGCUGGCAAUCAAAAAGCUCAACGGUGAAAUGUGUCUCAUGGAAAGGGAGUUCAUUGCAGAAGUGGAUGCACUGACCAUGGCACAGCAUGAAAAUCUUGUACCAUUGUGGGGUUACUGCAUCCAGGGAAACUCAAGGCUCCUCAUAUAUUCCUACAUGGAGAAUGGAAGCCUGGAUGAUCGGCUCCAUAACAGGGAUGAUGAUGCUAGCUCAUUUCUUGACUGGCCAGUGAGGCUCAAGAUCGCACUAGGAGCAAGCCUGGGAAUUUCUUAUAUCCAUAAUGACUGCAAGCCUCAUAUUGUCCACCGUGACAUCAAAUCCAGCAACAUCCUACUGGACAAAGAAUUUAAAGCUUAUGUUGCAGAUUUCGGGCUAUCCAGAUUGAUCCUUCCCAACCAAACUCAUGUCACAACCGAGCUGGUUGGCACUAUGGGUUACAUUCCUCCCGAGUAUGGGCAAGCAUGGGUUGCUACGUUGAGAGGUGAUAUAUACAGUUUUGGAGUAGUCCUACUUGAGCUGCUCACAGGAAAGCGACCUGUUACAGUCAUGGCUACAUCAAAAGAACUUGUCCCAUGGGUUCUGCAGAUGAUGUCUGAGGGUAAACAGAUUGAGGUCCUGGAUCCAACGCUUCGAGGAACAGGGUAUGAAGAGCAAAUGCUGAAGGUGCUCGAAACCGCUUGCAAAUGUGUUGAUCAUGAUCAAUUCCGGAGGCCCGCUAUCAUGGAAGUAGUUUCCUGCCUGGCCAGUAUAGGUGCUGAUCUGCAGACAUAAAACCAUCCAAGAUUGGAUGAAUCCCACAUGAUAGAUAGCAUUUACGUUUGGUGCACAGGGUAUGUAGUUUUCUCAGCUUCAUAGAAGUACUUGUGACUAGCCUUACAUUUUUUUCCUUGUAUAGUGCCUAACAUAUUGUCAUUUUGAACUUAAUAUACGUAUUAGAAAGCUUUUUUCUAGUUCAUCUUUCUUUCCAAUGUAUCUUGGGAGUAUUAUAUAAGCUUCAAAACCGUGGGGAAAAGAAUAAACAAGUGGAAUGGUUGUCUUGUAUUCUGA